AUGACGGCCAAUCUCCCGACGUCUGACUAUUACCUAAUUGGUAAACUCUACAUGCCGGAUUACCAGGGCACGGUAACUGCCGUUGGAUGGGGACUUACCAGCAGCACUUCAACUACAGUUUCACCGACGCUGCAGCAAGUUGAUUUCAAAAUUGGAACCAAAGAUGAGUGCACCAGCUUUUGGGGUAGUAAUUACCACCACGAAUAUCAGAUGUGCGGUGUCAUUCCCGGCAAAUCCGUUUGCUCAGGAGACAGUGGCGGUCCCAUCGUUCGUUACAGCAGCGGUUAUCAGAUUUACACACAGGUUGGAAUCAGCAGCUUUGUACCUGCCUCCAUCAAUGGACAAGCUCUUUGCGAAAAGGGUUACGCCGUUUUCACUCGACCCUCCGCUCAUCGUGACUGGAUUACCGCAAAUAGUUGUAUUGCUGGCGGUGGAUUCUGUAAUCAUUGGUAUGAUGUUUAA